AUGGACGUGCCUGUGCUCACGCGGGACAUCAACAAGGAGAUUGGCGCAGCGGGGAAACUUCGAUGCUGGGAGAACGGUUUGCAUUUGCUGUCUGCGAUGCCGACGCGCAUUCUUCGACCUGAUGUUGUCAGCUAUGGCAGUGGUAGCAGUUGCUGUGAGAGGGCCGGAUGUUGGGCGAAGGCUGUACAGCUGCUUGCGGCGAUGUCUUCUGCAGAUGUGUUGCCUAACGCCGUCUGCUUCAACACUUGCAUCACGGCCUGUUGCAGAGGCGGCCGGUGGCAGAUGGGACUCAGUCUCUUUUUCCAGAUGGAUCAGUCAGAAGUCGGGCCAACCGUCUUCAGCUACACCGCGGGAAUUGGCACCCUGGAAGAAGCCGGUGCGUGGGGCAUGUCGCUUCAGCUUCUUUCAGACAUGUCGAGAUGCAGAGUCGGCUUCAGCACGAUUAGCUUCAACGCGGGCAUCAGUGCCUGUGAGAAAGACAGCUGGAGAUGCUCCGCUGCCUUGCUUUCAAGGAUGCGGGAAUCGGGGGUCUCUGCAUCCACGAUCAGCUUUAAUUCAGUGGUUUCAGCUCUGCAGCGCCAUGAGGAAUCAGGAAGCAGAUGGCAGAUGGCUCUGCAUGUGUUUUCUAAGCUGCAUUCUGGUCGGCUUGCAGCUAGCACUGUCAGCUACAAUUCUACGAUCAGUGUCUGUGAGAAAGACGGCAAUUGGCAAGUGGCACUGGAGCUGCUGGCCAGCAUGCCGUCUGCAGCAGUGCCGCCAGACGUCAUCACUUUCAGUUCCUGCAUUAGCGCCUGUCAGAAAGGCGGUCUGUGGGAGUUGGCUUUGCAGCUUUUGGUCACGAUGGAUGGGGCCAGGGUAUGCCCGGACGUUUUCGCAUUCAGUGCCGCGAUCAGUGCUUGCGAAAGUGCUGGUGAAUGGCAGGCAGCAGUGCAGUUGGUGUCACGACUUCUCAAAAGCAGACAGAAAGCCGAUGUGGUUUGCUGCAGUGCUGUUGCAAGUGCCUGCGAGAAGGGCUCCCAGUGGCAGAUGGCAUUCCAACUUCUUCGCGACCUCCCACUUGCCACAGUCAGAGCCACCACAAUCACAUUUAAUUCUGUCCUCAGUGCGCUGGAAAAGCAUGGAAAGUGGCAGCUGGCCUCGUGUUUGCUCUCCGAGAUGUCAAUGUUGGGCGUAGAGAGGACAUCUAUCAGCUUUAACGCCGUUGUCAGUGCUUGCGAGAAGGGCGGCGCAUGGCAGAAAGCAUUGCAGCUUCUCUUGGAGAUGUCGUUCACACGACUGAGAGUUAGCGCUCUCAGCAUCGCUGCUGGAAUGAGCGCUUUCGUGCAAAAGUCGCAGUGGCCAAAGGCGCUGCGGUUGUUCUUCGACAUGCUCCAGGACAGCGUAGCUGCCGACACUGUCGUCUACGAGUUGGCUGUUCUCGCUUGCGCGGACGGAGGGAAGAGUCACCUAGCGGCGCAGCUGCUGAAUGAGAUGCCCGCCAUGACGGAGCUGAAAAGCACAGAACCCUAA